GUUAUUUUAAGGGUAUUAUGUCGUAAAUGCUUGUUUUAUUUAUACUAGUAUUAGUGUUUUUUAACCUAAAUAAGUGUCUUGUUAAUUCGCCUACGUUUUCAUUCGGACAACAAUCGUGUUGCGAAUCAUUUUCGACGAGACUUAAUCCCUUGGACAUUAAAGACAUCACACCUCUCUCCACUACCAUGAAUGUUGAAGAUUCAGGCCCAGAGUUCAAGCCUAAGGAAGAAAUUGUACAGACUUUGCUUUCCCUAGGGUUCUCUCGUAAUGCUGCAAUCAAGGGAUGUUACUACACAGGGAAUUACAAUGCGGACCUUGCUGCGGCCUGGGUCAUAGAGAACCAGGAUAAAAAUCUUGAUGGACCUUUGGAGGAGGACGUUGAGUUCGAGGGCGCGGAAGAUGAUGAUGAAGCUGAGUUUCCCGAGGGCCUGGACAUGUACAAGAUGGUGCUCGUGGUGAACGCAGAGUUGAACAUGGGGGUGGGGAAGGUUGGGGCUCAGUGCGCGCACGCCGCGGUGCAGCUGCACAGAAUGAUGAUCGAUAACCUGCAGAAGUACGGAGAAAUGUUGGGGUUCUGGGAACAGUUUGGGGAGACAAAGAUUGUCCUAAAGGCAGACAAUGCAGCACAGCUUGUGGAUCUGUCAAAGCAGGCUCAAGCCAAAGACCUUCCAAACUACAUUGUACAGGAUGCUGGCAGAACACAGAUUGCUGCUGGGUCUCAGACAGUGUUGGGUAUCAUUGGCAAACUGGAUGUCGUGGACUCCAUCACGGGAAAGUUGAAAUUACUCUGAGGAGCAGUACCCAAAUAAUACAAUGUAGAUGCCCCAUGAUGCCCCAUUUCACGGCUCACGAUGAUGAAGACCAACUGCAUUGAGGUGAAGGACUAACAUGAUGAGGAAGAAGUUGGAAACGUGUGUGCUGAAUUGGUCUUAAAUAGCUUAACGGCAAUUCAUUUCAUGCUUGAAUGUGCUUGUGUAUUACUUAUUUAUUAGUUAAAGAUUAUUUAUCUACUACCGCAAUAACAUGAAUACAUUGAAAGUACUGUUAUGAAGAAAACGUAAGUUAAAUAGAUAAAAGGAUAUCCAACUUACAAAUGUUAUGUAGCUCUUAAAACAUAUGCACAGACAAAACCAAGACUGAAUAUACUAUAGGACAAAAUGCAUGUGUAAUUUAUGCUAAUACAGUUUAUACUGUUGGCCACAUUUAUUAAAAGAUGGCAAUUAGGUUUUUACUUGAUUUUAUUUAAAUCCUUUGAAUGUGAUCAUAUGUAUAUUGAUAAAUUCAUUUAUAUUGUACAUUUCAAUACCAAAUUCUUUUUGAUGUGUUCGUUAAGUAUACUGUUACAUUUUGUCGGAAUAAAAUGUUAACUUUUA